AGCAUAUUCAAUCUAGAACUGCGAGUAUAUCUGAUUGCUAAGGAACAACAUUAAUGGAUACCACAGAGAAGGUUAUACAAUAAUUGAUUACCCAACAAAGAAAAAGCCCGUCCCUUGGGAUGCAAAACUCCCUCAGAACACUGACACCUCGGUAAAGGACCACUUGCAACCUAUCAAAUCAGAAUAAGAUAGGAACACAGACUGAAAUAUUCUAAGAUGUCCAACUCAAGUGUAAACGCUUCAGAAGACAACUGCACUUACAGCUCAGUAGUAACUACUCAUGUCAUUCCACUGGCUUAUGGAUUCAUUUUCAUAGGAGGAAUCCUGCUAAAUGGUGUAGCAGCAUGGAUUUUUCUACAUGUUCCUAGCAAGAAAAGCUUUGUCGUCUAUCUCAAGAACAUUGUUGUUGCCGACCUUCUUAUGAGCCUGACUCUCCCCUUCAAAAUUCUUAAUGAUUCAGAAAUUGGGCCUUGGCAGCUCAAUGUUUUAGUCUGCCGAUUUUCUGCUGUUAUUUUUUACCUAAAUAUGUAUGUUGGAAUAACAUUUUUUGGCCUCAUAGGGUUUGACAGAUACUACAAAAUUGUAAAGCCUCUGCUUACCUCCUUUGUUCACACAGUUAAUUACAGCAAGAUUACCUCUGUAGUUGUAUGGGCAUUGCUCAUGUUUUUGUCAUUUCCAAAUAUUAUUUUAACUAACCAGAGUCCUACAGAGAAGAAUUCCAAAAAGUGUGUAACUCUUAAAAGUGAGCUUGGUCUACAGUGGCAUAAGGCUUCAAGCUAUAUUUGCCUAGGAAUUUUCUGGACUGUGUUUCUUCUGUUAAUCAUUUUUUACAGUGCAAUAGCAAGAAAAAUAUAUAGUUCCUAUAGAAAGUUCAGGAGAAAUUCAACAGUAACUAGGGAAAAAAUCAAUCGCAAUAUAUUCAGCAUCAUGUUUGUAUUUGUCAUUUGUUUUGUGCCAUAUCAUCUUUGCAGACUUCCAUACACAUUAAGUCAAACUGGAUCUCAGUUCUCCUGUCAGUCAAGCAAAAAUCUGUACUAUGCAAAAGAAUUUACUCUGUUUCUCUCCGCUGCAAAUGUGUGCCUUGAUCCCAUUAUUUAUUUAUUUCUCUGCAAGCCCUUUAGAGAAAAGUUAUACCAAAAACUGCAUCUCAAGUUGACAACUUUAGGUGAAAUAGAAAACUCUAGAUCCAGAAGGUCAAACACUACAUGAAAGCGUCAUUAUUUCAGAAAUUCACAUAACGCUUAUAAGAUAUAGUAUGGAAAAUUAUUCCAGAUUGCAAAGCGGUUAACAAAGGAACUGGAUAAAUGAAGAGCAUGU